AGAGGGGGGAGAGGUACCAGGGCAUUAGGGGCAUGAUGGAGGCAUGAGUUCACAAGUGGAUACACGUACCUACGCAGCUAGCUCUACGGUACGGGAACCUUAGGCUAUCGCUGCGUUACAUGACAUAAGGUCGUCCUUCGUCGGCGUACUUAAAUCCUACAAAUUACAAUGCAGUAAUCGGAAAAUCACAUUUCCUAAAACUCAUUGCAUCAUGAUUGCCUAUGUAGGUUGAUGUGGUGACAUGAGCUCAUUGAACCUGUCAGAGUUGUGAAUAGAGAGAGGUCAUGUAGGCUCGGCCACCGUAACAGUGAGGCCCUACACAGCAUGCACUCAAGUCCACUAUAGCUACCUAUGCAAUAGCCUAUCUAGCUAACUAUAAACGUUUGAUUAGGUUUCAAUUUUGUGUAACUAACGCAACGUGCACAUAAAAUAAAAAAAAUUAAGGUGAAAAUGAUUCUUCUAACAUUGCUAUGUAUCAUCACGACCGUAUCGUCUAAAUGCUCCAACGAAGAUCCCCCCAGGGUGCCCAAAUACCACUUGAUGGAGAAAUGUCACAGGUCCAACCUUGCCGUCAUAUACAGGGCCAACUUUUCCUCCCUGACCAGUUGCCAACGCCUGGGCAUAGAGAAGAAGGGGCUGGCUUUAAACUUCAGUCCUCCGGAGGCUCUGAAGGAUAUCAAAAAGGGUGACGAGCCUCUGGAGUACACGUGUGAAGUGCUGAAGUGUGCUGAAGCUGAUGGUGGACUGUCGUUGGUCAACGAUACAAGAUACGAUUAUUACAGUAUUUAUGCGAAACAUUUGCCGGACAUAAACUCCACAUGCAUCCCCGGACUGGGCAUGUUCCUACUCGCCGACCGGCUCAACUACACCUCCGCUGCGCAAGAGUGCCGCAACCGCAGCGGCCGACUCGGUGACGUCAUGAGUGAGGCCCGCACCGAGGCGCUGGCGCAGCUGCUGGUCGGAGCAGGGAUGGAGGCUGCCUUUGUGGAUGGGAAGAGCGACAAUGGGAGCGAGUUUUAUAAUGUCAAUGGUGAUACCCUCGACUGCACCACCUACCGCGCGUGGGCCCCUGGUCAUCCGAAACGCAGCCGUGAGAAGUAUGGCUGCAUCGCACUAACGAGGUCCAAGACCUGGAUCGCAGUUCCCUGCCAGACGAAACUCCCUUCCAUCUGCGAGCUGAACCCUAGUGGCCCUUACCGAAGAUGUGGGAAGAUCUUUGCCUCAAGAAGGAUAAAAGAUACUGCCUCAGACAAAAACAUUACAAGUACUGCAAGAGAUGAUAAAUAGGACAAAAAUUUACUUAAAUUAAAGAAACAUU